AUGGGGAAGACUGUCAUUGAGCUUAUACCUCAAGAGGUAUUUAAUAUUAUUGCAGGUUUUUUAGAAAGUGAUGAUCUAUGGCGGAUACGACAAUGCAGUCAUCAAUUGAAGGUGAACGUUGAGCAUAGUAGCUACUGGAGCAGCUACUGUCGAGCAAGGUGGCCUGUUGAAGAUCUUGAUUUGAUUUUAGAGGAUUACGACAAGGAUGAUGUUAAGAUUCUUCAGUCAGUGUUGGGUAAGACAGCUAAAGACAGAGAUUGGUUCUAUUACUAUACAUACCGUAGUCGAUAUGACGACAGAAUCACUAAAUAUAUUACAUCUCUCUGUCAAUUUGACGAGCUAGGUGUCGAGUUUUGGGGAUUGUACCGUAUGGCCAUUCUAGUUAAGCCAUACUUAUAUAUCCCACAUCUUAUGAGAAUAACUUGCAGCGCAGAGCAAAAGUGGAGUUUGGAAGAGCGCUCUUGGUCAUAUUAUUUACUGGGUUCAAUUCGUAGACGGUAUUUCUAUGCUUUAUUUCAAGAAAAUGCAAAGUUUCUGAAGCCUACACGGUUUUCAUUUGAGAGGGAUAUAUUACUACGGUUUGCUGCGUUAGAUCCACAAUAUGAUAAGCUUAUAAAAUAUCGCAAUAUUGUUUUUGAGGAAGUUAAGAUGAAGGUAUUUCAUAAGUACAACGGGAAUUCAGAGCUUUUUAGUCAAGUGACUGCUAAACAAAGAAUGCAAGAUAUAAUAUCAGCACUUUCGAACACUAUAUCUAUAUCGGAGAAUCAUCAAAGGCAUGUUAUUGAAGAUGCCUAUUUAUUACGUGCCUAUGCCAAUGAAUCACGUCCUUUACCUGUUAUAACAUUGUCGAUAAUAGAAAAGAUAGCAAAAUUCUUCAAAAUACGAUGUAAUUUUAAUGGUAACUAUCUAGCAUUUCAAGAUAACACUUUACCAGGAGCUUGUGGAUUUGUAAUAUCGGAUACAAGAAAGAUAAGAAUGUUUUCUAAAACAGAGUUUUUAAGGUUUAUUAGAAAUCGUCUACCGAUAAGUCAUCAUGAAUCUAUUGAGACGUCUUUGAGCCUUGAUGAAACGGUAGAGCCAAGAAAGUUACUGUGCCAUUUUUUGAAUGACGAGAUAACUAAGUGUAAUGGCCUUAAAGUUGACAGUCUAACAGCAGUUGAACUUCAGGAUUUAUAUCCAUGCAGCAAUCUACCGCCUUGUGAGAAGUCGCUUAGAUGGGUUACGAGUUUUUUCAAAAAAAUGGAGGAUGAAUUCAAUGGUACUUAUCCAGUCGAAUCAACUGGUUUGAAAGAUGAUAAGAUGAGAAUAUCUAGCUGCAUUGACACAGAUUCCUGGUUUUUUAAAGCAAUUAAUAUGCAUCCACCCGAUUUCCUGUAUUUCGCAUCUCCUUCGAAGUCAGUGAUUCCAAGCUUGACCGACUUUUUCCAUUUAAGUCACUACCCUUGCAUAGAUUGUACAGAACUAGGCACAUUUAUCAAAGGGCCAGAUCGGAGGCUAUGUGUUACUGCUAUAGUUCAAAGGUUAGCAGAUACGGAACCACCAAUUCUCUUAUAUACUUACAUUAAGGCAUCGGGAGAAAUAUUCUUAAGCUCAUCACACAACGAUGAAAUAUAUCCCGAGGAGUCCGAAUUUAGGAAAUUUAUUUCGAACAUGCCAUAUCAGGUGGGUUUGAUAUUUGAUCAAGUGGACUGGAGUAGCAGGCGUCUGCUGUUGAACAAUAAGGCAAGGUCGUUAUUCAAGCUACCACAACCAUCUAUACCUAAGCAUUGA